AUGGAACAACCACGAUACAAUAGACAACCAAUUAUAACUAAUGUUGAGUGUAAGGAAGAAAAACUAUCGUUUCAUAUCGAAAGGACUGAUACUUCAAUGGUAAAUGGAUUGAGAAGAGUCAUUAUGGCAGAAACACCAACGAUUGCUAUUCAACUUGUACGAGUUUAUGCUAAUUCAUCAUAUUUAUGUGAUGAGUUUAUUGCUCAUAGAUUGGGAUUAAUUCCAAUUGACUCAACUCAAAUACAUAAUUUUGAAGAUACAGACGAUGCAAUAUUAGAACUGAAAAAAGAAAAUAAUUCAAAUCAACUAGUAGUUGUUACUUCAAAUGAUUUGGUAUCUAUUGGAGAUAAAAGAGUAGCUCCUGUAAACUAUAGAAAUGAUGUUGAUCCUAUAGUUAUUACUCAAUUAGGUCCCCGACAAAACAUUCAUAUGGUUUGUUAUGUUAAGAAAGGUACAGGGAAAUUCCAUGCUAAAUGGAAUCCAACAUGUCAAUGUGUAUUUCAAACACUUGCUGAUAUUAGAAUAAACGAUGAAAAAAUGAUUUCACUUACACCAGAACAAAAACGUACAUUCUGUGAACAAUGUCCUCAAAAAGUAUUUGAUUAUCAAGAGGUUGGAGAAAAAGUAUUUAUUAGAGGAGAUGAAAAUUGUAUUUUUUGUAAUGAAUGUACUGUUUAUGCAAGAGAUAUUGGUCAACGUAAUUUAGUCACUGUCACUCCAAAGACAGAUCAAUUUGUUUUUAAAGUAGAAGGAACAGGAGUUUAUCCACCAAAACAAAUUAUUGAAUUAGGAUUGGAAGAAAUGAAGAAGAAAUUUGUCAAUUUAAAGAAAGCAUUGAAUGAAUCUAAAUAA